UACAUAACGUCCAGACUUCGAAUCUCCUUUCUGUUAAAUUCUUAAAAUAUUAUGCUAUGAGAGAAAAGGCUCUGACUCCCUAACUGAAACUCGCUCACCUGCUCUCACUCUAGCGUUAUGGAGAGACAUAUGCUACCAAGAGCUCCCGGCGUCCCUUGGAUGGAAGAAGUUGAAGACGCAGCAUCUUGGACCAGGACUAACAACGAAGGUGAGUCCAAGGACCAGGACAUUGCUUUGGGAGGUCCACUAACGUCCUUCAAAUCCAUGCUUCAAAGUGAAUGGUACAUGGAUUCUGCUAUCAAUUCAUCUCAUCAAGACCUCCCUGGUCUCCCAGUUCACCAAGAAACCAGAGAUAUUGGUUUUUGUUCGAAUCCAGCUGAUAGUUUCCUGUUGCUGCCUAUAGAUUCAUCUUCUUGUUCACCUUCAUUCACUACCGACCCGGCGCAGCCACAGCCAUUUUUACCACCCAAAUCGUGCUUCCCUUCUUUCUUCAACGCUGUUUGCAACAACCCUUUCGAGAAUAAUGGCUUCGAUUUGGGCUCUGAAAGUGGGUUUCUCGGUCACUUCCAGGGAAAUCAAACUUCAAGUUCCCAUGUCCUGAUGGGGUUUUCGGGUUUGGAUACUCAACCACAGAUGGGCAACCUCGAGCUCAGUUCAAGCACUGAAUUCCCAGCAGGUCGGCUGUUGCCUGCUGCUGACAAUGGCGUCGCACUUGAUGGCGGAUUUAGUCCGAUGGGUUUAGAAAUAUACGAUGGUUCCGGAAAUGCUCUGUUUUCUGACAAGACUAAGGUUUUAAGACCACUUGAUGUUUUCCCUCCAGUUGGUGCACAACCCACUCUCUUUCAGAAACGAGCCGCGCUUCGCCAAACCUCUGGCGGAGCUGAUAAAUUGGGCGGUUUAGAGAUUUCGCCAUCUAGAUUCAAUGAUUAUUCAAACGUGGAGAAAAAGAGGAAGACAGAAGAGGGCGAAAUCGAAGAAGCCAGCAUAGAUGCGUCUGGAUUGAAUUAUGAUUCUGAUGAGCUUAAUGAGAAUAAUAAGGCGGAGGAGAAUGGGAAUAACGGCGGAAGCAAUUCUAAUGCAAAUAGUACUGUUACAGGUGGAGAUCAGAAGGGGAAGAAGAAGGGAUUACCUGCAAAAAAUCUCAUGGCCGAGAGAAGGCGCAGGAAGAAACUAAAUGAUAGGUUAUAUAUGCUUCGAUCGGUCGUGCCGAAGAUUAGUAAGAUGGAUAGGGCUUCCAUACUAGGGGAUGCAAUUGACUACUUGAAGGAGCUGCUGCAGCGGAUCAACGAUCUUCAUAAUGAGCUGGAGUCAACUCCUGGUUCUCUGCCACCACCUUCUACAAACUUCAACCCUUUGACGCCCUCUCUCCCAACCCUUCCCUGCAGGGUCAAGGAAGAACUUUGCCCUAACUCUUUGCCGAGCCCUAAGAACCAACCUUCACGAGUGGAGGUUAGGUUAAGGGAAGGGAGAGCUGUGAACAUCCAUAUGUUCUGUGCCCGCAGACCAGGUCUUCUUCUUACCACCUUGAAGGCUUUGGACAGCCUUGGACUGGACAUUCAGCAGGCUGUUAUCAGCUGUUUCAAUGGCUUUGCUUUAGAUGUGUUCCGAGCUGAGCAAUGCAGGGAAGGCCAGGACGUAGCCCCCGAGCAAAUUAAAGCAGUCUUGUUGGAUUCAGCGGGUUGCCAUGGAAUGGUGUGAGUGAAACUCAUGAAACUACGAAAGAUUGUGUACUCUUGCCAGCAGAGGAAUCAACUGUGUUGCGAAACUCUUUUAAGUAGUUCGUAAGUGACGGGUCUUGGCCGCCACCAAUGUGAAGGCCCAUAUCGGAUGGUCUGGCUAAUACAUCUGUUGUAGGUCGAGCAGAUAGCUUCAGCGUUCUUCUCAAUUAUGCUUUCGAGCGGGGCAGACUUGUGCCUUUGUCUUGAAGACUUGUGGAAUAACCUCUUUUGUUUCCUAAAUAUUUUUCAUUGAGGUCCUUUAUUCUCUC